AUGUCGGGCUGGUCGCGCUCGGCGGAGCCGUCGUGGGUUCGUAAGUCGACGGGCGCUUCGUCGGAAGGUACAGCGACGCCGUCGGCUCGUAUGUCGGGCUGGUCGCGCUCGGCGAAGCCGUCGUGGGUUCGUAGGUCGACGGGCGCUUCGUCGGAAGGUACAUUGGGGUCGUCGGCUCGUAUGUCGGGCUGCUCGUGCUCGGCGAAGCCGUCGUGGGUUCGUAGGUCGACGGGCGCUUCGUCGGAAGGUACAGCGACGCCGUCGGCUCGUAUGUCGGGCUGGUCGCGCUCGGCGGAGCCGUCGUGGGUUCGUAGGUCGACGGGCGCUUCGUCGGAAGGUACAGCGACGCCGUCGGCUCGUAUGUCGGGCUGGUCGCGCUCGGCGGAGCCGUCGUGGGUUCGUAGGUCGACGGGCGCUUCGUCGGAAGGUACAGCGACGCCGUCGGCUCGUAUGUCGGGCUGGUCGUGCUCGGCGAAGCCGUCGUGGGUUCGUAGGUCGACGGGCGCUUCGUCGGAAGGAACAUUGGGGUUGACGUCUUGGGGACUGUGGUAG